AUGGCACCAUCAGCUGUUUCCGGCGAAGCCGUUAAGGAGGUCCUUGUUGGAAAGAAGUCAUUCCCGCAACCGAUCCGGGUUCAAGGAAACUUGAAUAAGUUCAAGUCGGACGAUCUCACCCCAGUCAUCGGGACCGAGUUUCCUGAAGUCAACAUCGUCAAUGAUAUUCUAAAUGCUCCCAAUGCGGAUGAACUGUUAAGGGAUUUAGCUGUUACGAUUUCUGAACGAGGUGUCGUUUUCUUCCGUGCUCAAGACAAUCUCACAAAUGAAAUCCAGAAAAAGUUUAUCCAUAGACUUGGAGAACUGACCGGCAAACCGGCCGACUCCACCCUCCAUAUUCAUCCUGUUCUAAACGAUGAACGGGAGCUCGGUGGCUCCGACCCUGAAAUAUCUACUAUCUCAUCUGUUCAGAGGAAACAACUAUAUCGCAAGCCUGCUGAAACCUAUCGGAACAAGGCUGCCGUCUGGCAUUCUGAUAUCUCGUUCGAGCCUUUCCCAGCCGACUACACGUCUCUUAGGCUCGUUGAACUCCCACGAACUGGUGGCGAUACUCUCUGGGCUUCAGGUUAUGAGCUUUACGAUAGAUUGUCAGAACCGUAUCAGAAGUUUCUGGAAAGCUUAACGGCGCACCAUUCUGGAUCUGGUUUUCAUGAUAUUGCAAAGGCUGAAAACUUGCAGCUUUAUGGAAAGCAGAGAGGCAACCCGGCAAAUGUGGGAACUGAUUUGACUGCUAACCACCCGGUUAUCCGGACAAAUCCAGUGACAGGGUGGAAGAGUCUAUUCCCGGUUGGAGUUUUUCCCAAGCGUAUUAAUGAAGUUACAUUGGAGGAAAGCGAUGCACUUCUGAAUUGGUUCCAUGAUUUAAUUUACAAGAACCACGAUCUCCAGGUCCGUUUCAGGUGGAGGAACCCGAAUGAUAUCGCUAUCUGGGACAACCGAAGCGUAUUCCACACAGCGACCAAUGACUAUGACGGUCUUGGCAAUAGAUUCGGUAACCGUGCCGUUGGUAUCGGCGAAGCACCCUAUCUCGAUCCAAACAGCAGGUCGAGAAGGGAGGAAUUGGCAGAACGUGAGGAAAAUGCCGAGAAGGCUUAA